AUGUGGUACUAUUGUCACACCUGCCAGCGUAGGUUUGACGCCGGCGCCGGCCCUGAUGCGGUCGCAGUGGAGUCCUCGGAGUCUCCCAUGUGCCUCUCAUGCGGCGAUGGGUUUGUGGAAGAGAUUACGGCGAGUCCUGGUGCAGAGGAUGCGCAGCAGCCCGCUGCACCAGCCAUGCCUGCUGGCACAUUUGCCUACCCCACUGCACCCGCAGCGGUCAUCCGAAUUACAUUGCCAAUUUCGUCGGCCGAAAGCUCGACUUCUCCAGAUUCUACCCCAUCACCUCCCAGUCUGCGUUCGCUGCCGGGAUUCGUCCAAUCUAUUCUUGGGAUUUUUACGCCGACAGGCCGUGGAAAUGGAUCCCAUCGCAGGCGGCCAACACGUGAAAAUGAAGCAGCGACAGAGUCUUCGCGAACCCGACCCCGCCUUUUUCCAGAAACACUACAACCUACCUUCCCCCAGACGCUUGCAGCAACGUUUUCAACUUCGAUUACGGAAGAGGAUCUGUCGUCGCCAGAUGGACUACAGCGGCUUCUAAUAUCUCUGUUUUCACAGCUCUAUGACUUGAUGGCAGUCCAACCUGAAGGCUCUACGCCACAGGCGCCAGCUCAAGGUGUCCAAGUUGAAGCGCCAAAUUUACCAGAAGACCCUCGGACAGAAACUCCUGGUGAGGCAGCUCCUGGUGAAGCAGCUCCUGGUCAGUCAGCUCCCACAACACCUCAGACGCCCAGUGACAUGGUACGCAUGUUAUUGCAGCAGGUUCUUUCCGGCCAAUCCCCCAUCCAAUGGGUAAGGAUUCCGGCAAUACCAGACCUGCUUGGAGACUAUGUCUUUGGAGAUCGUGCGUUUGAUGACAUCAUCUCCUCAUUGAUGGAGCAGGCCUCUGGCCAACGGGCACCCCCACCGGCUCCCCAGGUCAUUAUUGAUGCUCUUCCACGCGGACCCUACCACUCUAGCGAGAAUGUGCCAUUGGAGUGCACUAUCUGCAGGGAAGCUUUUGUCGACGGCGCUGUAUCCAUAUCGCUGCCGUGUAAACAUCUCUUCCAUGAACAAUGCAUUGUUCCGUGGCUACAACUAAAUGGAACAUGCCCCAUUUGUAGGUCGUCCAUCGAGAGCAACGAGGCCCAAACGGCGCCUGUUCUUGACGCACCAACCGAAUAG